CCGCCACCGCGCUCCGAGCCCGCCGCGCCCGGGUCCCCGCCGCCGCCGCCGCCGCCGCCAGCCCCGUUCCUGCCGCCGGCCUCGGGUGCGCUCGGCCGCCUCGAGCCGCGUCCUCGGUGCGGCCCCGCGGCCAUGGCCACCAAAAUCGACAAGGAGGCCUGCCGGGCUGCGUACAACCUGGUGCGCGACGACGGCUCGUCGGUCAUCUGGGUGACUUUUAAAUAUGACGGCUCCACCAUCGUCCCCGGCGAGCAGGGAGAGGAGUACCAGCGCUUCAUCCACCAGUGCACAGAUGAUGUCCGGUUGUUUGCCUUCGUGCGGUUCACCACCGGCGACGCCAUGAGCAAGAGGUCCAAGUUCGCGCUCAUCACGUGGAUCGGCGAGAACGUGAGCGGGCUGCAGCGCGCCAAGACCGGGACGGACAAGACGCUGGUGAAGGAGGUGGUGCAGAAUUUCGCCAAGGAGUUUGUGAUCAGCGAUCGGAAGGAGCUGGAGGAGGACUUCAUCAAGAGCGAGCUGAAGAAGGCCGGAGGGGCCAAUUACGACGCCCAGACGGAAUAGCCCCAGCCCUGCCGCCCCUGCGGAGCCUCCGCCUGCCCCCCCCCCCCCCCGCCACACGGGGGGCCGCCUCGCCGCCAGCCCACCAGCCCACCGGGGAGAGAAGCCACGAGAGGCAGCGCCCACCCGUGCCCGCGCCCCCGGCCCCUCCCCCGCCCCUCCCGACCCCGCCACGCUCCUGAUCGUGAAGCUCAUGGGACAUCUUUCUGGGAUCACCCUUUCUCCUCUCCCGCUCCUUUUCAUUCUGAAGGACACACAUUCUGACGUCAUCAGAUUCAGAGGGGAGGGGCUCCGGGGGCAGCUUCUCCCCCUGCCAUCUCCCCGUGCCAUCCCGGGUCCCAGAGCCAGGCCCGCAGACUCCAGCCUCAUGAGACGCCCCCUCCAGCCCACCCGUCAGCCCAGACCUUCUAGAAUCUGCUCCAGGACCCCGCGCCCCACCCACAUUCCAAGUGGCCUACGCUCCCCAUCUGACAGGCAGUGUUGCUCAGUGAAGCCCAGGCCUGGCUCGGGACUAAUAAGAAGCGGGAACAUUUGCCUUAAACCUUGCCCGGCGGCCUUUUGAGUGACACCCCGCCUCGCGUGGGGAGGCGGGCCCAGCGGGAGGGGCGGCUUCCCAGGGUGGGCCUGGCCCAGGCCCCCGUGGACGUGGAGAGGGAACUGAGCCCAGGGCCGGCCGGCCACCACCCAGUCUGCGGUUCCAGUCCUGGGCCGCCCCACAAAGUCAAAAAGAGAGCUUGGCUUUGCUUUUAAAGAAAGAUGACCCUGGCUUGGCUCUUCAGGAGCCCCUUUUCCUGGGUUCCUGGGUUUCCUAGCUCCUUUUACUGGGGGGAGAAAAUGUACUGUACUGAGGUUGUGAUCAUCUCUGGCACUCAAACAGUUUACAGAAAUAAAUGUGUUUUUCAAAA